AUGGCUACGACUACAGUGUUGGCAACUACUGCCGCUUCCACCACAGUAGCAACGACUGCGGCUCCUACCACAGUUUCGGCUACUACAUCAGCGGCUACUACUGCUGCUCCUACCACAGUGGCGGCUACUACAUUGGCGGCUACUACUGCUGUUCCCACUACAGUAUCGGCCACUACUGCUGCUCCUACCACAGUGGCGGCUACUACUGCUGCUCCUACCACAGUGGCGGCUACUACAUUGGCGGCUACUACUGCUGUUCCCACUACAGUAUCGGCUACUACUGCUGCUCCUACCACAGUGGCGGCUACUACUGCUGCUCCUACCACAGUGGCGGCUACUACUGCUGCUCCUACCACAGUGGCGGCUACUACAUUGGCGGCUACUACUGCUGUUCCCACUACAGUAUCGGCUACUACUGCUGCUCCUACUACAGUGGCUACUACUGCUGCUCCUACCACAGUGGCGGCUACUACUGCUGUUCCCACUACAGUAUCGGCUACUACUGCUGCUCCUACUACAGUGGCUACUACUGCUGCUCCUACCACAGUGGCUAGUACUGCUGCUCCCACUACGGUGGCGGCCGAUACUACUGCUUCGGUCUAA